AUGGAUUGCACAUUAAGAGAUCAACGACGCACUUUAUUGCAGACAACGAAUGAGCACUUUGCAGUCGCAGCUUUUGACGUCAGUAACUUUUUUUUUAAUUAUUAAUUAAAAAAGCAUUACAUUUAAAAUUUAAAUUUAAAAAAAAAUACUAGUCUUAAAAAAAUAAGAAGAUUAGAUAUUUCAUUAUUUAAAAACAAUUUGGCUUUAAUACAUGCCCUUUCAUCAGAAUGGGUGUAAGGAAGAGUCUUUUACAACCUCGCCCUUCCCAUCUCUACAUAAAGAAAAACAGGUGUGCGCACCUAGUAGCCCUGUGCCUAAUGACUUCUCCACUAUUAGCAGUCCUUCCGAAACACAGACUUAUCCGCUUAAAAAACGACAACGGAAAAACGGAAAUCAGUUGGAGGUUUUGAAAAGAGAGUUUAAUCCGAGGCAAAUGUGGGAUAAGGAUAAAAUCGAAGAAAUUGCAUUGAUUACUGGACUGAGUCUGGGACAAAUAUACAAAUGGAACUGGGACAAAUUUCAAAAAUCAAGAAUCAAGAAGAAAUGUUUUCCAGAUCCUGAACUUGUAUGCUUGGAGAGCUUGUCACCUACUGCCCUUGAGGUAGAUUUUUUAAAAGUUCAAAGGUCGUAUAAGCUUUCUUUAGCUACACUGGCUGUCCAAAGAAGUUUGGUUGGGAAUAAUUGAACUGGGUAA